CAAACUUCAACUCUCCAGCUCUGCGUCAAGGAGCUUUUCCCACCCUCCAAGCCUGGUCGAUUGUCGCCUUUCCGUGACGGGCUUCGGAGGCAAACAUGGAGACCAUUUCGCGCAUCUCUUCCAUGCUGGAAACAGCCCGAGAGCUCACCCUUGAGGCCGCCCAGUCCGCAGCCUUGAAUCGAGGCUCUGGUGUCGGGGUCUCUUCCCGCAAUCUGACAGCUGCGCACAUCAAGAAAUUACUGGAAAGUCGGAGUGAUCGCGAAGUCCUCGAUGGCAUGCGACGAGUGCUCACAUUGAUGUAUCGGGGGGAGCCCUCACUGCCAUUUUUCUCCGCGGUCGUCAAAAAUGUUGCCAGUGCCAACUUCGAGGUCAAGAAGCUGGUCUACAUCUACUUGGUCCAUCAUGCGGAGGCGGAGCCGGACCUUGCACUGCUAUCUAUCAACGCCAUUCAGAAGUCGCUUACGGACCAGAAUCCGCAUGCGCGCGCUUUGGCGCUUCGCACCAUGUCGGGGAUCAGAGUCCCGGUCAUCAGUCAGAUUGUGUCCCUUGCCAUCAAGAGGGGGUGCGGGGAUAUGAGCCCUCACGUGCGCAAGGCCGCGGCGUUGGCCAUUCCGAAAUGUUAUCGCCUGGAUCCCAACACCCUGCCGCAGCUUAUUGGAUAUAUCACGAUUUUGCUUGGUGACACCCAGUACUUUGUCCUUGGGCCCGCUGUCGCCGCGUUCCUGGAGGUCUGCCCCGAUCGGAUUGAUCUGAUUCACAAGCACUAUCGGACCCUUGUCAAGAAGCUGGUCGAUAUGGACGAGUGGAGUCAACUUGCAACGCUGCGUCUUUUGACCUUUUACGCCAGGCAGUGCUUUCCUCGCAGAACCAAGAAGGUAAAGCGGGCGACAGAAAACAAAGGAUUCUACGAAGAUGAUGACCACGGCGACGAUUUGACCGAGGACAACGAAGCUGACCAGGAAGAGGUACUGAUUCUAGACCCGGAUUUGGAGCUUUUCCUGCGCUCCUGUCUGUUGCUGUUGCAGAAUCGAAAUUCUGCUGUGAUCGUCAGCGUCGUCCGCUGUUUUCUUCACCUCGGAACAUCAGAGUACCUUCAAGCUGCUGUGGGCCCACUUAUCGCCCUUCUCCGCAGCCCCCAAGAUCUUCAGCAUGUUGCGCUCUACAAUCUUGUGGUCGUAGCUCUUAGACACCCCAAGGCAUUCACGAAGUAUGCCACGCAUUUCCUGAUACAUGCUAUCGACCCGCCUCACAUAUGGCGUCUCAAGCUCGAAGUGCUCACAAUAAUAUUCCCUCAUUGUGGCCGGCAUCUAAAGGGAGUGAUUCUGAGUGAACUUCAGCAUUUUUCGCAAAGCACAGAACCGGAGCUGGUGCGAGAAAGUGUACGCGCGAUAGGGCGUUGUGCGCUGGCUGAUACCGGUGCUGCGCCGUACUGUCUGCGAAUCCUGCUCAGCCAGAUCACGAGCCAGGACGAUAAUCUGGUAUCCGAGUCGCUGACCGUUAUUCGCCAUCUGAUCCAGCAGGACCCACCCUCGCACGCGAAGACAGUCAUUCAGCUAGUCAAGCACUUAGGAUUGACGAACAAUCCCGAUGCGAGAGCCACUAUAAUCUGGCUUGUUGGAGAGUUUGCCGGUACCGAACCUGAGAGGGAUUUUGCUCCUGAUGUCCUGCGGAUCUUGGUACAGGAUUUCGCCAAUGAGGCCGAGCCCGUGAAACAGCAGAUAAUCCUCCUUGGCGCAAAAGUGUACCUACAUCACCUACUCCGCAAUCCCCUGAAGGAGGAGUCGGAGCCGCAAACGCAGGCAUCAACUGCGACGGAAGACGCGAUCCCCAAUGAAUGGGCCGACUCUCAAAAUGAAGAAAAGCCCGAAACAAACGGACAAGAAGAGCAGCACAGCGAACCUGAGGAAGACCAGAUAACAUUGCUUUGGCGGUACAUCCUACUUUUGGCCAGGUACGACUCCUCUUACGAUCUCCGAGAUCGUGCACGACUCUACAAAAACCUUCUCGCGUCUCCUUCAAUGACGCAGCUGGCCAAUCUACUUCUCCUCGCACCCAAACCUGUCCCCCAUGCUCCUAGCCCGUCCGAGACGCGUAAGGAUCUUCUGAUAGGCUCAUCUACUCUUGUGAUUGGGCCAGAUGCAGGCAUGCUCGGUCUCAAGGGCUAUGAGAAUCUGCCCGACUGGGUUGAAGCUGGGCAAGAGCCCGACCCGCGUCUUCGCGAAUCAGAGGUCAAGUCCGAUCCCAUGGGACAGACAUCAAUGACGGCGGGCGAGCGGCUUGAUCAGGCGCUCAAAGAGCAUGAACAGAAUGCCUCGGCUUCAAAGAGGGCACAGGCCGGUCGCCCAGCAGCGUCUUCGUCUAAGGGAAAGUCGCUUGACGAGUGGCUAGAGGAGCCGGAAGCCGAAACUGAAGAGGAAACAGACUCCGAAGAGGAGGUAACUGACUCUGAGUACGAGACCGAUGAGGAGGAGACGGAAGAAGAAGAAACUGAUGAGGAAGAUGAGGAUGAAUACGAAGAGGAAGAGGAGGAGACGGAUUCUGAAGACCAGGCACAGGCCCAAGGACUCUUGGCACGGUGAUGGCUGGUUACAAUUUGAGAUCCGUGAUAGAGCUGAUUCUAUGUCAACAAGUAUAUACCAAU